UACUACUUAAAGAAGAAGAAACAAGCUGAUGACGUGGAACAGAGCAAAGAGUGAAGGAAAGACUCAGAAAGAAAGAGAGGCUUUGCCGUUGCAGAAUGAGUUUAAAAGAGCCUUGGAAGCUCAUCUUCUGGAAUAUGCUGAAUAUUGUGAAUGAUCAGGCGAUGAGCUUGUAGAGAGAUCAAUGUUGAUCUCUGUAAUCGUUGCUUAGGUCUAUGUUGAUCUGAGUCUAUCGGUUCUUACCUUCUCUUCGUAAGUGUUAGCGUGUGUAAUCAAGCUAUAGAUAUCUCAAUACUUAACAUUGGUGCGGUGAAACUGAGAUCGGAGCUUCAACGAGAUGAUGGACUCUGUGAUCUCUGAAGAUGAUGGUUGUAAGGAUGUACCUAUGUUCACCGGAACAGGUCUGUCGGUGUGGAUUCCAAAAGUGGAGAGGCUUUUCAGUCGUGGCCGUUACUCAGAUGAUGCGAAGCUUGAUCUUGUCUUUUUGUAUUUAGACGGAGUUGCAUUGACAUGGUUUAUGCGAGAGAUGAGUAAAGAGAAAAUCAUGGAUUGGAAUGUCUUUAAGCAGAGGUUGUUGGCACAAUUUGAUCCGGUGAAGAAUUGUUCUUCACAGGUGCCUUCGGCAACUGAUUUGAUUUCAAAUUGUGAAUCAGAAGUGGAAUCAACCUGUCCAGUUAAGAUUUGUUCUUCAUCAGAGGCAAUUCUGGCUACAAAAGCGUUGGGUGGAGGUGAAUAUUUUGUCACCGAUUCAUCGAUUGUGGAGAUUCACUCAAGUUCACAGAAGGAAUCUGAUCAUGUCUCACCUCCUAUUGAAGAUAUUCAGGUCUCUAUUUCUAACUUGGAACCUAGCCUUAGUUUGUGUAGUGAACCGUUGAAUGUUUUUGAGGCAUGGCCAUUUGAUACUGUGUGGAGAAAUCGGGAACAUCCACAACCUGGUUUUGAAUGUGUCAAGAACAAGAAAAAUGCACAUAAGGUGUUUGAUGGAUUGUUCCCUAUUAGCCACAGACUUCAGCAAAAGAAGAAGCUGAGUUUAUCCCCUAAGUCAUGGAAAUUUAAGUUUAAAAACAUGACUAUGCUGAGAACUAGAUCACAAAGGGAUCAUAACAUUGAUUUGGUGAAGAAGAAGAGAACAUUUCGGAACCUGCGACUGAAUAAGCAAGCUCACAUGUCAAGGGUGACGUCUAGAAUGAGGAUGAUGCAUGAUCCAGGAGGCGUGAAACAGCUUUUGCAUGGUGAUACAGAGCUCAUUUUUUUUCCUGACAAGGAAUCAAGGGGAAAUUAUCGAGAUAUUGCUGUUAAACCCAGACUACAAGUUAGUCUUGAUGAUAUAGAGCUGCAGCAACUCGAAGACGUCAACAUUGCACUCAUCAGUCACAUGUCCCAGUUACAUUGUUCGUUGGGUUUUACUUUGGAGAAGAAGUUUGUGACUUGGUUUCAUGUUGUGUGUGUGUUGAGCAAUAUCAGAUUUAUGCUUGUGAGGCUGCAGGAAAAGAGUUCUAACGCUUGGAAAUUUCCAUCCAACUAUGGGUCAGAGGGACUACAAUAACAUCACAAUCAGUCUGGACCUAGAGCGCUGGAUGAUGAUACACUUUAUAUUGCUGAGGAAUCAAGUGAAGUCUUUAUCAUGGUCUUGCACAAAUAUAAGAAACAGAAGUUUCUUAAAACCUGAAAAUUCAAGUACAAGGAUAAGGUCGCAUCAAGAGAUUUCAAAUUUGGUUUUGAAGUCACAGGGAAGCUAACUGAUUUAAGAAGAAUACAUCAGUUUAGGUGUGGUGCUGUGAUGUUAAACUUGGAGAACAACUACAUUUGGGUUUCAGAUUUGUGGAGGAGUAAGUUGUGCAAAAAUUGGUGGUUUAAAUUGAAAGAUAUCUGCAGGAAUAUAGCUCUGGUUUCACAAGGAAGUAAGCAAAAGGAGGUUGCGGUAGAGUUUCAGUUAUUGCAUAACACACACCCUGCAGUUUCUCAUAUUUGCAGAAGUCACAAAGACAGCAUGGUCUUUCCUUUUGGGGCUUUACGGUCUAAUUGUGAUAAUGAUGUUUUGUUGGCUCAAGGAGUGGGAUUGUUUCAAGCUGUAAAUGAUAAAGGAGUGGCUGCGGUUAUAGUACAGUCUCUUUCAAGACUUACUAAGUUGCAAAAUGCUGUUAGAGAGUAUCAGUUUCCUUAUUUCAAGCUUGAGGGCAAGCUAGAUCUCAGUGGGGGAAGUAAUGGGGAGGCUGCCACAGGUUUGGAGAAUGAGAUGUUGUUGUUUCAUUAUAGUUUUCCAGUGUGUUUUUGGACAAGACGGAGACUCGACUAUUGUGCAGGACAAGCAAUAGAUGUUAUGGUGUCUAACUUCCAAGUAAAGCAUAGGUGGAGAAAUAAGGAACUGCAGCUACUGAUUUUACUGUUUAAGGUUCAACAUGGUUUGUUGAUUCAACAACAUUCUGAUCCUUCAUCUCUUUUAUUCCAUGAAUGGAAUCCUGGUCCCAUUGAGGAGCUGUUAAAGAGCUUUUUGAUAGAUAUGAGACUAGAUAUUCACAAUUCUGCAGCUAGCUUAACUCUGAAUGUUAUAUUGGAUAGUCUUUUGAGAGGACGAAACGAAUUUCAGAUUCAUCACAAGCUGGGAAUUGGAAACACGGUUGUUCUUGGGAUGGAUAUGAGGCAGAAAGUACAAGUAUGGGCUCAUCUAUAGCUGGAAGGCCAGAACGUUCAUUGAUUCAUCUCCAAGGUACCCUAUUACACGUUUUAGUACAACAACAACAGAAAAGGAGAAAGUUACUAAAAACUUGGAUGUUCAAGUAUAAACAAGAAGCUUGAGUUCAAGCUUGUUUUCAAAGGGGGAAGUAUUAUACGAUUCAUCAUCGUACUACUUAAAGAAGAAGAAACAAGCUGAUGACGUGGAACAGAGCAAAGAGUGAAGGAAAGACUUAGAAAGAAAGAGAGGUUUUGCCGUUGCAGAAUGAGUUUAAAAGAGCCUUGGAAGCUCAUCUUCUGGAAUAUGCUGAAUAUUGUGAAUGAUCAGGCGAUGAGCUUGUAACCAAGCGAUGUGCUUGUAGAGAGAUCAAUGUUGAUCUCUGUAAUCGUUGCUUAGGUCUAUGUUGAUCUGAGUCUAUCAGUUCUUACCUUCUCUUCAAUAAGGUCUUUGUCAGGCUACGGCAAACGCCAGUUGUGUUCCACAAUUGGGACAACCUCUUAUCUUGGAUUAGGGGGUCCUCUCGUACUGCGCCAUCUACUCUACAGAAACUUGUGUCGACAGGAAGGCAUUUACCAAACUUGGAAGCAAAGGAAUAAAUGUGUUUCACAACUCUCAGCUGACUCCUCCGGAAACUAUAUUCAAGAUCAUCGAUCGCCAGAUCCUUAACUCAAUUCACGCAAGAAGGCAUCGAAGAAAAUUUAAGGACCUUAUGAUCCUUUGGAUGCGUUGAAGGUAUCUAUUUAAAAAUUAUUCUUUUCACUUGAAAUUUAAUUAAUCAAAAUUCUUUUAUUUUGGAAU